AUGACUGAGGAAAAUCACUCCUUGACAACUGAGUUUAUCCUCACAGGAUUUGCAGAUCACCCAGAGCUGAAGACCCUUUUAUUCCUGGUGUUCUUGGCCAUCUAUCUGAUCACCAUGGUGGGGAAUCUUGGUUUGGUGGCACUGAUUUUUAAGGAGCGGCGUCUUCACACACCGAUGUACAUCUUUCUGGGCAACCUGGCUCUGAUGGAUUCCUGUUGUUCCUGUGCCAUUACCCCCAAGAUGUUAGAGAACUUCUUUUCUGAGGACAGAAUGAUUUCCCUCAAUGAAUGCAUGGCACAAUUUUACUUUCUCUGCCUUGCAGAAACUGCAAAUUGCUUUCUCCUGGCAGCAAUGGCCUAUGAUCGCUAUGUGGCCAUAUGCAGCCCACUGCAGUACCACACCAUGAUGUCGAGGAAACUCUGCAUUCAGAUGACCACAGGGGCCUACAUCGCUGGAAACCUGCAUUCCAUGAUCCAUGUAGGGCUUCUGUUUAGGUUAACUUUCUGUGGGUCUCACCAAAUCAAUCACUUUUUCUGUGAUGUUCUUCCAUUAUACAGACUUGCUUGUGUUGACCCUUAUGUCAAUGAAUUGAUGAUAUUUAUCUUUUCAGGGUCAUUUCAAGUCUUUACAAUUACCAUAGUCCUAAUCUCUUAUUUCUGUAUCCUUUUCACAAUUUUCAAAAUGAAAUCCAAAGAGGGAAGAGGCAAAGCCUUAUCUACGUGUGCAUCCCACUUUCUGUCUGUCUCAAUAUUCUAUGGUUCUCUUCUUUCCAUGUACAUUCAACCAAAUUCAGUUAAAGAAGGGGAUAAAGAUAUACUCAUUGCAAUUUUUUACACAAUAGUGAUUCCUUUAUUAAAUCCUUUUAUUUAUAGUCUAAGAAAUAAGGAAGUAAUAAAUGUUAUGAAAAAAGUUAUGAAGAUAGCUUCAUAA